GCGGCUUGGCGGCGGCGGCGACAACAAAUAUCUCUGCGCUAGGUGUUCCCCUUGCCUUCAGUAAGGGCCGCCGCUUCGAGUCCCCGUCCCGGCAAGCCCAGGUGCCUUCUCCAAGAGGAGCAGCAGGAGGGAGACAUGGCCACAAGAUUGCUGCCAGCCCAGGCUCUGGAGUCUGUGACAUUCAGGGAUGUGGCUGUGUUCUUCAGCCGGGAUGAGUGGUUGCAUCUGGACUCUGCGCAGAGAACCUUGUACCAGGAGGUGAUGCUGGAGAACUACAGCACUCUGUUCUCGCUGGGGAUUCUGUUUUCCAAACCAAAAGUUAUCCUCCAGUUAGAGCAAGGGGAAGACCCCUGGAUGGUGGAAAAUGGAGUUUCUCAAAGCACAUGUCUAGGAUGGGAGAGUUUGUUUGAAACCACAGUUUCUGAAGAAGAAAAUCAGGAAGUAAUGAAUCAACUCAUAGGUGAUGGUCCUUUUGACUUCAAGUUGGGAGAAAUCUACAUAAAUGAGGAAAAACUAGAGAAUCAGCAAGGCAAAAAGAACAGACCUUUGAGGGAAGUCUUAGUUACCAUCAAGAAAACCUGUAUGAAGGAGAAGAGCUUUACAGGUAUUGACCUUGGGAAAAAUUUUGAUCUAAAAUUAUCACUUAUUAGAAAACCCAGAAUUGUUUCCAGAGGAAGGAAACCCUGUUCACAGCAGUAUUCAAUUCUAUUUAAACAGCUGGGAAUCAACACAGUGCGUAAGUGUUACAAGUGUAGUAUCUGCGGGAAAAUCUUCCUCCACAGUUCUUCUCUGAGUAAACAUCAGAGAAUCCAUACUGGAGAGAAGCUCUAUAAAUGUAAGGAAUGUAGGAAAGCUUUUAGCCAAAGCUCAUCUCUAACUCAGCACCUGAGAGUUCAUACUGGAGAGAAGCCUUAUAUAUGUAGUGAAUGUGGAAAAGCCUUCAGUUUCACUACAUCUCUCAUUGGACAUCAGAGAAUGCAUACUGGAGAGAGACCCUAUAAAUGUAAUGAAUGUGGAAAAACAUUUAAAGGUAGUUCAUCCCUUAAUAAUCACCAGCGAAUUCAUACUGGAGAAAAGCCCUAUAAGUGUAAUGAAUGUGGGAGAGCCUUUAGCCAGUGCUCAUCUCUUAUUCAGCAUCAUAGAAUUCAUACUGGAGAGAAACCGUAUGAAUGUAGUCAGUGUGGGAAAGCCUUUACUUCAAUAUCGCGGCUAAGUAGACACCAUAGAAUUCAUACUGGAGAGAAACCCUUUAAUUGUAAUGAGUGUGGAAAAGUAUUUAGUUACCACUCAGCUCUUAUUAUACAUCAGAGAAUUCACACUGGUGAGAAACCUUAUGCCUGUAAAGAAUGUGGGAAAGCCUUCAGCCAAAGCUCAGCUCUUAUACAACAUCAAAGAAUUCAUACUGGAGAAAAACCUUACAAAUGUAAUGAAUGUGGGAAAGCUUUCUCCUGGAUUUCACGGCUUAAUAUACACAACAGAAUCCAUACUGGAGAGAAACCAUAUAACUGUAAGGAAUGUGGAAAAGCCUUCAGUUCCCACUCAGCAGUUAAUACUCAUCGAAAAAUUCAUACUGGAGAGAAACCUUAUAAAUGUAAUGACUGUGAAAAAGCCUUCAACCAAAGCUCAGCUCUCAUUCAGCACCAGAGAAUUCAUACUGGAGAGAAACCAUAUAACUGUAAAGUAUGUGGGAAAGCCUUUAGACAGAGUUCAUCCCUUAUGACACAUAUGAGAAUUCAUACAGGAGAAAAGCCUUAUAAAUGUAAAGAAUGUGGGAAAGCUUUCAGUCAGAGCUCAUCCCUUACAAAUCAUCAGAGGACUCAUACUGGAGAAAAACUAUAAGUUAAAUGCAUGGGGAAAAACCUUCCAACUGAAGUUAAUUCCACAUGAAAUAUUAAAGAAUUCAUCUUGGGGAGAAAAUCAUGAAGAUUAGUUAAUUGUGCAUUAAACUUCAGAAUUUAGAUCUCAUCAAACAUCAGAGACUUUAUGAUGCAAGAUAACCUUAGGAAUAUUAGGAAAGCUUCUAUAAGAAGUUUUUUUCAUAUAUUCUUAAGUUAUUACUGACUAUAAAAUAGAAAAUUUGUCUGAUCAAAGGGUUAGUAUUUUAUUUUCUUUCUAGUGAUGUAUGAAAACAGCCACCAGCUUUCACAGGCAUCACUGGGAAGCAUGUUGAUUUAUGGAAAAGUGCAGCCAUAAAAUCCAGACUUCAGAUUAAUUUAGGAUUCUAUUUUUUUGAAACUGCAAUUGAGUGUUACUCAAGCCAGUUGUACUAAGAAGAAUGUGUUGGAAAGGAAAUGUAAGCAGGUGACCUGGAGCUACCUCACUGUCACUAAAAUUUGUUUUUCUAAGAGUUUAAAAGCAACUUCUGUACUUGGUGGUUGUUAAAACUUUUGAGUUAUUUCUCCCCUGCUUCCUAAGCCAUUCACCUGAAAAUAGAAUCACUCUGUAAACCACAGGUGCAAGUCCUGUGAGUUUUCUCCCCAACUAUUCCAAACUGUGAAUCAGAUCUAAAGUCACAUGAUUUCAAGUCACACAAGGCAUGGUAUUUCACUUGUUUUUCUCAUAAGGUGAUUACCUUUGCUGUAUUAAGUUGAGAAUUAGAGGUUGUUUAGAUAACUACUGCUUUUGCAAGUUAAUUUACUGAUAAAUGUUGUUAAAAAUCAUCUUGCAAUGUAGCCAUAGGGAGUAUGACUCUUGGCCCCCAGGUUGUGCCUGCUUCCUUGAGUACUCUGGUUACCAGCCACGAGUAAGGCCCAGGAACAACAUGGAACUUGGGUUGUCCUCCUAGGAGGUCAAGUGAACAGGAUAACUUUCACUCUUACAUUCUACCUUCACCUCCAUCAGAUGAUCCUCUCUCCCUCCCACAGUCUCAGGGCCACUAGACAAAAAUUCAGGCUCUAAGUUCAGAUGCUUUUUCCUCCAAAAAAUGGGCUAUGUCCCUUAACAAGUUAUUUAUCCCAGUAAAGCAUUUCUAAAAUGUGAACAAUAAUUUGAGCAAGCUAAAAACAAGUCAUACUAAAAUUGAUGAGCUUCACAGAAGUUCAGAGGUUAACAUCCAGUUUUGCCAAUUUUAUCAGGAGUAGACAAGCAGUUAAGGACAGGAAUACUCAUUUCAUUUUAAAAACUGUUAGUUUUUUUCUAUUUGCCAAGGUGCUAAACAAAACAAAACAAAAAUUCCAAAAUGUUAUUAUUUGGAGUGGAGAUUAAGCAAAGCAAAAAUCGGUGAAUUCAGCUUUGCCUCCUGGGACUGAUCAGUCUCACUGUUUCAGACUUGUGAGGAACAAACUCUUCUGGGUCAUUUAGUACUCUACCCACAAUGUCUCUUUCCCAACAACCAUUCUUUUAAAUUCUCUAAUUACCUAAGGAAAAUUCCUAGGAAACACAUAACUUCCCUAUCUUAGUUUGGAGUGCUAUACCAAAAUACCAGAGACUGGGUAGCUUAUAAACAACAGAAAUUUAUUUCUCGUGAUUAUGGCUGGGAAGUCCAAGAUCAAGGCACCAGCAUGGCUGUAUUGUCGUUAACCCUCUUCCUGGUUCAUUUCUGGUGACUUCUCACUGUGUCCUCACAUGGUGAGGGAGCUGUCAGGGGCCUCUUUUAUAAGGUCAUUGAUCUAUUCAUGAGGGAGGUACCCUCAUGAUCAUCAUCACCCAAUGACCCACUUCCUAAUACCAUCAUCACCUUUGGGGUUGAAUUUCAACAUAAAUUUUGAGGGGACACAAACAUUCAGACCACAGCAUUCCCUAAGUAUCAAUAGUCCUAAAAUCAUCAAAAAAUUAAAUCUAAAUAAAAUCACACAAAAUAUUAAGCCUAGUUAUUUUUAAGGCGAGGUCUAUCAAACUUGACUGUAACAGAUUAAGUCUUUUGCAGGAUCUUUCAGAGGAGAUAAUCUAUAAGCAUGAUGAUUCUAAUAUAACCCAGUACCAAAAUCAGACAAGGAAAAUACAAGACAGAAAAAUUGCAGGCCAAUAUCAUCUAUCAGCAGAAAUGUAAAAAUCCUAAACAAAGCAUUAGCAAAUGUAAACCAAAGUACCUAAACAUAGUUAACACAUGAUACAUACAGAUUUUUCAUGGGAAUGCAUGGGUUAUUUUAACAUUAGGAAACUUACAGAUGCUGUGUACUACCUUAAUAUUAACAGAAGUCCAUAUGUUAAUCUCAAUACAUGUAGGAAAAAACCCAAAAUACUCAGUACCUACUCAUGAUAAAAACUUUUAGCCAAGCAGCAGUAGAAGGGAACUUUCUAACCGGAUAAAAAGGUAUUUACCAAAAAACCUGCUGAAAAAAAUGAUAAAAGGUUAGAAGUAUUCAUGACAUGACGAGUAUGGGGAAAGAAUGAACUACCCAAUAAUGGUUCUAAGAAGCAGAAAUGGUUCAUGCACAUAGAAAAAAAAAGGAUGCCUACCCUCACCAUAUCAAGAGUUAUAUGAUUUUGGAAAAAUAUGUAAGGAAUAAUUUUAUGACCACAAGAUAGGGAAGAAUUUUUUAAAUAGGAUACAAAUAAGCUAUAUAAAAUGUUUAUAUUAUUUGCUCACAUUGAAAUAAGGAACUUAUGCUUAUCAAAAUAUACCAAAAAGGAAAAAUCAAGACACAAAACAGAAGGAAAUCUUUCCACAGCAUGCCCAAUAUGUUUUCUGGAAAUUUUGAAUAAUUUGUAUGGAUCAAUUAAAAAGAAAAUAGAAAAAAGUGAUCUGAAUACAUGACUACAUAUUUCACAGAAGAGGAAAUACAAAUUUCCAAAAACAUGAAAAGAUGCUUAACUUCAUUAGUUUAAAAAUGUAAAUUAGGACCACAGGCAUGAUCUUAAAGUACACAUGAGCAAAUAUAAGAUGUAUGACAAUACUGAGUUUUGGAAUGUAUGUGGAAUAACUGGCAUUCAUACUCUACUAGUGGGAGUAUAAAUUGAUACAGGUCAUGACAUCUUGCAAAGUUGAACACCUGCUUGUUGUAAUACACAGGCACCUAUACAUGAUAGAUAAAUGUUUGCAGAUGAGCACCAAGAAUUAUGUGUAAAUACAUUUAUACUGAUCAUAAUAGCAAAUAUUUGGAAGUAGUCUGAAUGUCCAUUAGUAGGAGAAUGGAUACAUUUUAGAGUAUUAACACAGUAAACAGCAAUGAAAAUUGAUGAACCAAAGCUAUAUACAAAACUUUGAUGAAUUGUAAAACAUGCUGAAUUCUAAAGUCAUAGGAAACUACAUGUGAUAUAUCAUUUUUUGCAAAAUUAAGUUUAUACUAAGUGAUAUGUACAUGUGGUGAAGAUCAUAAAAAACAGCAAGUGAUUGGAUGAGAUGGUAUUUUAGUUAUUGUCAACCCCCAAUGCAGAAGACUGCAAAUAAGAAAAAAGAGUUUGUUUGAGGUCCUAAGAAUUGCAACUCGAGAGGCACAGAUUCUAGCAGCAACUCAAAUAUGUUCCAAGGGAAAUAAAAAAUGGCUAGGGUUUAUAAAAGCAACGGACAAAAACAUCCCAGUAGCAUUAUAUACACAUUAUUUUUACAGAACUACGAUUGGUGGCAUUCAGUCACUUGGGAACAGCAGAUUGGUUGCUAAGCUGUGGUCUCUAGGGAGAAAAGAAAACAAGUUCCAUAAAAAAAAAAAGUUCCAGAUGGUCUCAGGAUGGCUGUGUCAAAAGUUUAUAUUGCAUCUGGGGGUGGAUGUGUGUAAGUUCUACUUCCUUAAUGGCCUCCUGGCUCCAUUUUAGAUCCCUUUGACAUAAGUAACUCCAUUUCGUUGUUCAUGGUCCACAUUAUCCACUACUGUGUAACAACUCUCCCCAAAAUUUACUGGCUUAAAAAACAAGUUAUUAAUAUCUGUCUUGGUUCCACGUUUGGGCUCAGCUGGGCAAUUCUUACUUAGAGUGUCUAAUGUGUUUGCGUUCAAGUGGCAGCUGGGGCUAAAGGCACAACUGGGCUUGAUACCCAAGAUGGCAGGCCGUUGUUGAUGACUGCCAGGUGGGAGCAUGGUUGGGCUUCUCACAGAAAGGUGGCUUGUUUCUGAGAGGGAGUGUCCCUAGAGCAAGCAUUCUGAGAGACCUAGGUAGAAGUGGCAAAUAUUAUAACUCAGUUUUGGAAGUCAAAACAUUAAUUCUGCUGAAUAUUAUUGAUCAAAAAUGAUUCACAGAUUUGGCCCAGAUUCAAGGGGAGAAGAUUAUAGAAGGGCAUUAAUACCAGGGUCAUAGUUCAUUGGGUGACCAUAUUUCGUGACUAGCUACCACAUAAACACAAAAUUCUGGAUGGUAAUUACCUCAGGGUGUGAGGCAAGGAAAUGACUUGGGAAGGAGCAGAGAGUUCCUCAGCUUGCUUGAUGCCUGAAAGAGGCUCCCUUGUCAAGAAGAGGCUGCCCAGGCCAGCUAGAAUGAUGGCCAGUGUGUAUGUCCGUAAAAAUUAAGUAUAAAUUUUUGGUCCAACACUGUACUGGGUGAUUUGAGAGAGAAUAAAGCAGACAUCUUCAUGUCUGAUCACCCUGGAUAAAGUGAACAUGUAGUUUAAGAUAAAGUUUAAAGAACAAAUAGUUUAAGGAUAAAGUUUAGGAUAAAGUUUAAGAUGUAAUGACCUCAGAUGUUGUACCAAGGGCUAUCCCAAAGUGAUUAACAUUCUUCAGGCCACUGUUAAAUUUAAAUGUGUCUCAUUAACAGAACCAUCAACAUCUCCCUCCUGUCUGCACCUUCCCCUUCUCAUUCAUCUCCCUAGAUCACCAGAGGAAGAGAAUAUUGGUUCCUAUCACAAGUAAGGAAAUGUAGUAAACCAAAACAUGUGCAUCAUAAGAGAACAAGGCAAAGGAGUAACAAUCAUCAUUAAGCUGUCGACAGGUUUUUCUUUGCCUAAUUUCUCUUACUCUCAGAGACUUGUUCAGAAUCUAGGCAGAAGAGAAAAAUGUCCAUUUUCAUAGCUUCUUAAUAGAACAUUUUCAAAGCAGCCUGAAAAAGCAAAAUAUGCUUUAAUUUUUGUGAUAAUUGACAUGCCUGAUAUAUUUACAGUGUUCAAAGUGAUUAAAUUAUUUAAAAUAUUCAUCU